CGAUAUAAUACGAGCAGCAGGUCAGGAUAUAAAACCGCGCUAAAGAUCAUUCCACACUAUCAUUUGAACUGACUUCACUCUGCGGCCAGUAAGGGCACAACACGAAGUCAACGAACAAUAAGUCUGAUUUAAAAUAAGGAAAACUUUUAGAUACAACAUAAUACGGUCUUUAGAAAGGCGGACGGAUUAGAAGAUGUCAAAAAAUCGCAUCCUCCUCUGGACAGCCCCACGGUGCGUCUCAACAGCGUUUGAGAGAUCGAUUAUGAAUCUAAAGAACUCAAAAAUCUUUCACGAGCCGUACUCACAAGCGUUCUACUUCGGUCCAGAAAAGCAAAGCGCCAGAUAUGCCGCUCAAGAAACAAAACAACAAGCGACCUACCGAUCGAUCAGCAAAAUGCUGCAAAAGGAGUACGAUGGCAGAGAUUUCGUCUUCUCCAAGGAAAUGGCCUACUGCGUGGAAAAUAAAAUGGACAUUUUUGCAGAAGAAGGUUUCAAGAACUUUCAACAUUCAUUCCUCAUUCGUCACCCUCUUAAAGCUGUCUAUUCCUUGUACAGAGCCUCCACUAACCCGAAACUCACAGGAUGGGAUUACUUUGACCCCGCAGAGGCGGGCUUUCGUCAAAUGCUCGAGUUGUAUGAAUUUGUCGACAGAAAUAUUCACGGCAAUCCCGUCGUCGUAGACGCUGACGAUCUCUUGGAUUAUCCCAACGGAAUUUUACAGAGUUAUUGUGAAGCAGUUGGUUUGGAGUAUGAAGAGACCAUGACAUCGUGGGAACCGGGUCCUGUGCCUGAAUGGGACGUCUGGGCAGGGUGGCACGAAGACGCUUUGAAAAGCACUGGGUUUAAACCAAGAGCCAAGAAGAACAAGCCUCACGCAUUCACUGCGUUCGAUUUAGAAGAGCUUCCCCCUGAGGUGGCUGCUGUGGUAGAAGAGUGUAUGCCGUUCUAUGAAACACUAGCAGCUAAAAAGAUCUCACCAAAAAACAAUGAACAAUGCUAAAGAAUCUGACUUGAUCUCGCUACUGAAGAAUAUACAAUUCCGCUAUUUAUUGAAUAGGUCUAUAUAUUAUUUUCCGUAUGGUUAGUUCACCGAAGGGGGGG